UGUAAAACGUUGCCUUUGCAAAUCAUGUCUUUCACUCGCCUUGCCCUUCGCAGUGUGACUCGUGCACGACCCGUGCUUGCGUCGUCCUCGAGACAGACCUGGGUAUCUCGUGCGAACUACUCGGCAGCAGCAGGGUUGUCGAAGGAAACCAUACAGACACGCGUACUGGACGUACUAAAGGGCUUCGAGAAAGUGGACGCAGCCAAGCUCACAACUUCGUCUUCAUUCACGGAUCAUCUCGGGCUCGACAGCUUAGACGCAGUUGAGGUGGUUAUGGCGGUAGAGGAGGAGUUUGCCAUUGAGAUUCCGGAUGCGGAAGCCGAUGAGAUAAAAACCGUACAGCAAGCUAUCGACUAUAUUGCAAAGACACCAGAAGCUCAGUGAGGGAUUGGUAGCACAGUCAUUAGCCAGCUCCUUUACGCGCCCCUACUCAUUUAUACAACUGCAUUUUUUUCUA